CGCCUACUUCGCGGCCAUUCAUUGCUUCUUGGCGGCGAGAGGUGCUCGUACAUUCCCUGGCUGGUUUCGUAGCAAUAUAUACCGCAGCGCUCCACCUGGAGCCGCCGCGCGUUGCAAAAACCCCAAGAACAUAGCCCGAUAAAAUCCAAGAUGCGGCUCGCAGCGCUCGCGCGCGCGGCGCCGGUGCGCGGCGCGCGCCGGCUCUCGGCCACGGCCAAGGUCUGGGUCGACGCGAACACGAGGGUGAUUUGCCAGGGCUUCACGGGCAAGACCGGCUCCUUCCACUCCGAGCAGGCCAUCGCGUACGGCACGAACAUGGUCGGCGGCGUCACGCCGAAGAAGGGCGGCCAGACCCAUCUCGGCUUGCCGGUCUUCGACUCCGUCAAGGAAGCGGUCCAGGAAGUAAAACCCGACGCGUCCGUCAUCUACGUCCCCCCUCCUUUCUGCAAGGCGGCGAUCCUCGACGCCAUCGAGAACGAGAUCGGGCUCGUCGUGGCCAUCACGGAGGGCGUGCCGCAGCACGACAUGGUCGAGAUCCGUGUGGAAAUCGAAUUUUGGGCGCCCCACGCCAUCGACGCGACGUCGUCCCCGUAACUGCAUCUGCUCGAUGGCGUGUAGAGCUAACGCCAUCGACGCGAGGUUGCCUCCAUUCCUGCCUCUGCUCGAUGGCGUUCAGGUUGAAACCUAACUCACUGGUUGAUUCCCACGCAGGUCGAGGUCAAGUAUCACUUAGAAAGGCAGUCCGCCACGAGAUUAAUAGGACCGAACUGUCCUGGUAUCAUCAAGCCCGGCGAGUGCAAGAUCGGCAUCAUGCCGGGCUACAUCCACGCCAAGGGCAAGAUUGGGGUUGUUUCUCGUUCUGGCACGUUGACUUAUGAAGCUGUCCAUCAGACGACCGUUGCUGGAUUAGGACAAUCCACCUGUGUGGGCAUCGGCGGCGACCCCUUCAACGGCACGAACUUUAUUGAUUGUCUGGAGCGGUUCACGAACGACCCGGAGACGGAGGGCAUCAUCAUGAUCGGAGAAAUUGGCGGCUCGGCCGAGGAAGAGGCCGCCGAGUGGCUUAAACAGAAUGGAGAUCCGUCCAAGCCCGUCGUCGGCUUCGUCGCGGGCACGACCGCUCCUCCCGGGCGUAGAAUGGGCCACGCCGGCGCUUUGGUGAGCGGCGGCAAGGGCACGGCGCAGGCGAAGUUCGAGGCGUUCGAGGACGCGGGCGUCUACAUUUCUAGAAGCCCGGCGCAGCUCGGGGCGACGAUGGUCAAGGCGUUCAAGGAGAUGGGGAAGGCCAUCUAGAGUGGUCCUUCCGCCGGCGUAAGCGUCAAAAUAGUAAGGCUAAGGCUAGUUACGUCGC